AGAUCAAACGAUUCAGCUCGGAUCGGGGCGCAUGAUCCGGGCGGUUUGUGGCGCUUUCGCCCUUGCGCUGGGGGUCGCUGGCAAUGAGUGCCAACAUGGAUAUGCCUUCCUCCACCUACAGAGCAACUCGAGCGCGCUCAACAGCACAACUGCGACGGUCGCCGCGACAAGCGCACUCCACUGCCAACAGUCCUGUGUACUUCAAGCGAGCUGUCAUUUCUUUGUCUUCGAGGGCAGCGCAGGCUGCUUUCUGCUGGAGACGUAUACCAAGCUGGUAGAGAAGGCCACGGCCGUGUCCGGCCAUGUGCACUGCAAUCUAGACACGACCGAAGAGGAGACGGAGGCAAAGCAUAAAGCUCGCAUUACUCGGUCCAUCCUGGCCAUGACUGAGUUUGUGGCGAAGUGGAGCACGGACGAAGAGGAGGUGGCGAUUGCGGAGCACUUGGCUUGGAGUGUGGAGAACGGCUUCCUUUCGGAGGAAGAUUACGACAGCAUCGCCGCCUUGAAUACCGCCACUGCUAUGCUGAUCAACAGCCCCAAGGACUUCAAACACGCAGCGGCUCAGGGAAUGAUGCUCACGCGCGACGAUCUGGAUUGGUUGCUCCAGCAUACCGUGGGCAAGCACGAGCAGCCAGAGGAGAAGGUGGCUUUGCAGGGCGACCUGGUGGAUGGAAGUGAAGAGGAAUCUUCAGGAGCAGAAGAAAAGGGACCUUCUGGUGAAGCACUAGGAUUUUCCGAUCUAGCCAGCUAUGGAGCUGGAAAGCCCUGGACGAAUGCCCAGGUGCUGUACUGCUUCGACCCGAACAUCGCUGGAACCGCGCGCAAAGCUGUCGAGUGUGCCAUGGGGAGGAUCCGGACCAACGUGAUGGGCAUCUCGUUCAUCGAUGUGGGCUAUUCCUCUGCCGGCCGUUGCGUCACCAAGCCGGCGAUCUUCAUCCAGUCCAGCGAGAGCGGAUGUUGGGCGAACAUUGGCAUGAGCUCCAGCCUGUUCGGUUUUGGGUCGAACCAGAAGUUGAAUCUGCAAACUCCUGGCUGCAACGACUGCGGAACUGCCACCCACGAGAUGUUGCACGCCCUGGGCAUGGCACAUGAACAGUCUCGACCAGAUCGGGACAACUAUGUAUCUAUUCUUUGGAGCAACGUCAAGAAUGGUAUGGAGGACCAGUUCACAACAAAUUCCAAGGCUGAUAUCAGCCAUCCCUACGACAUCAUGUCCAUUAUGCACUAUGGUUCUAUGUCCUUCACCAAGAAUGGCAUGGACACCAUUCAUGUGAAGCCGGCUGGCUACGCGCUUUAUACACAGGAUCCCGGCAGAUUCAGAUACUUCCGGAUAGGGCAACGGAUGCACAUGAGCAAGCAAGAUGUGGAACAGCUCAAGGACCUCUACGGCUGUGCGGGUCCCGACAACUCCCUUUGUAUCCAAAGUAGUUCGAAAGCUUUGAGUGCGGGCCUCGUUUGGGUUGGCAGCGCCAACAGCAUGCUGGUGCUCGCCUUCGGCAGCGGUUUGGUCCUUUCCGCCUGCGCUUUCUACAUGUUCUCCAAGGCGAGUGGACCGGGUCAAACGUCCAAGGAGCGGUCCAUGGAGCGGUACGAGCCACUGACGUGACUCACACGUCGCGCAUUUAGAGCCCCUGACAUUGUCAAAGCACGGUGGUGCUGCAUGCUCAAGGCAGUGGCAGAAUGGGUUGCUCGGUUGCUCUCUUAGGAACGUGCGUAUUUCUAGCAUGACAUGGUGAUGAACAUACGUGCAGCCUUCUCAAUCGGGCAGCCCCAUGUUGGCUAUGUUAGGG